ACGUUCCAUCAUCACAUUUGCCUGAACACAGAACCAUGACGCAGCCCAGCGUGCUAGCUGCGUGAAUACCGGUGCCGAAAUAACGCGAGAUUUCCGACAGAAUUUGAAAAUUUAACGUGCGUGUCCGGUGGUGUGUUUUGUUGCUUCAUUCGGGUGAAUUUGUCAUUCAAUAUAUAUAUAUUUUAAAUAUAUAUUAUUGUUAUUAUAUAAUUUGGUUCAAUCGGUGGUCCCUUAGGAUGGAUUUCCAAGAACCAAUGACUAUGGGUUCCCCAACAUCGCAUAAACCUGGCCUGGGUGCCCAGUUCCUUCCUGGGUUUUUGAUGGGGGAUCUGCCAGCACCUGUCACACCCCAGCCUCGGUCAUUUGGGGUCAUGGAAAUGAGGUCACCAUUUCAAGCAGGUGGCUCUCCCCCCCAACCUGUAGUUCCUACACCUAAAGACAAGAGUGGGGCCCCUCCAGUCAGGAGUAUCUAUGAUGAUCUCUCCAGUCCUGCCAUCGGGAUGUCCCCUAUGGGUGCACAUAAACAGCCCUUCUCAAUGAUGCAAACCCCACUGUCUGGUUAUAUGGCUGUCACACCAGGAACAGCGUCCAGUCUAUUUAGUCCUGCUAGUACCGGUCAGCAGGCCAAGUCAACAAUGUCUCCGGCCCAAGUAGAUCCUUUCUUCACUCAGGGAGACGCACUGUCUUCUGAAGACCAUCUAGAUGAUACUUGGAUCACUGUAUUUGGGUUCCCUCCGGCCUCCGCGUCUUAUAUUCUGUUGCAGUUCGCCCAGUAUGGAAACAUAACGAAACACGUGAUGUCCAACGCUGGUAACUGGAUGCACUUUCAAUAUCAGUCAAAACUACAAGCAAGAAAAGCUCUUAGUAAAGAUGGGAAGAUUUUUGGCGAGGCUAUAAUGAUUGGUGUUAAACCAUGCAUCGAUAAGAAUGUGAUGGAGAGCUCAGACCGAGGCUCUACCUCCUCUGGCUCAGUGUUUACUCCUCCAGUCAGAAAUGGAACCCCCAGCCACCAUGUCACUACACCUCGCUCCUCUAUGAGGCCCCUCAGUGCAGCCUAUAAGGCCUGCAGCAGUGACUACCAGGUGGUAGCUGACAGACAGACUCCAAGGAAAGAUGACAGUUUGGUUUCCAAAGCGAUGGAGUACAUGUUUGGCUGGUGAGAAGGUCUCCUCCAAUGGCUGAACGCUUCCUAUUUAGAACUCAAGACGGAAUGUCAUUACGGAGUCAGUUGUCUGUAUCCCUAAUAGCACUCUAUUCGCUACGUACUGCAUUACGUUUUACCAGGGCCCCAGGGAUUAGGGUGCUAUUUGGGAUACAUCCAGUGUGUAACUGAUAUACUUAACCCUGUGACUUCUAUGCACUUUAUGUGGUGGACGGGAUUUUAAAUCAACCAGAUAUUUUAUGUUAGCUUUGAAGUUAUUUUAUUUUUGUGCCAAAGUCACGUUGCUAAAUUGACCAACAACACAGACUUAAACAAAGUAAAUAUUUUGUAUUUUUUUAUUGGUCUGAUUUGAUAUGAAAUUAAUCACACAUAAUGAAUACUUUGUUUGUACCAAAUGUCACCCUAUUCCCUAUGCAGUGCACUACUUUUGACAAGGGCCCAUAGUGGUCUGGUCAAAAUUAGUGUACUUCUUUUUUUAGGUUUAUUACAUUUACAUUACAUUUAAGUCAUUUAGCAGACGCUCUUAUCCAGAGCGACUUACCCAUUUGGGGGAUAUUUUACAGUACAGUAUCUGAAGUAAAGAGCUGCUUUGCCUGUUAGAGGUCAAGGUACGUCAGCGUCUUACACCAUGAUGUUGAAAUGGUGCGAGAUUGUGUGGUUCUGCUGAGUGGUUCUGCUGAGUGGUUCUGCUGUGUGGUUCUGCUGAGUGGUUCGCUAGAGAAUGUUAAUUAUGAAAGGCUCAUACUUUUCAGAAUUUUUAUUACGAUUUUUUUGUUGUUGUAUGCUUUCAAACUUUUUUUUUUUUUAAAGUCUUGUUUUAUUUUGUCUAGCUAUUUACAAUGAGCUGUUUACUUUUUCUACUGUAUCUCAGCUGACACUUACUGUUUUUAAAUAAAUGGUGCUUCUCCCUCCC